AGACCGAACCACCAUUCUCCGCCACAGAGGACCGACAACCAGCCACCGUGGACUCUGCAGAGGAAUCAGCUGUGGGCUUAUACACCAUGACCACCCUCAAGGCAGACAAUGAACAUAACAAUAAUAAUAUAGAAGAGGAGGUCCGUACCCUCUUCGUCAGCGGCCUACCUAUAGACAUCAAACCAAGGGAACUUUAUUUGUUGUUCCGACCAUUCAAGGGUUAUGAAGGAUCACUGAUCAAGUUAACAUCAAAACAGCCUGUAGGCUUUGUUACCUUUGACAACAGAGCUGGCGCUGAAGCUGCAAAGAAUGCCUUAAAUGGUAUCAGAUUUGAUCCAGAGAACCCACAGACCUUAAGGCUAGAGUUUGCCAAGGCCAACACAAAAAUGGCCAAGAACAAACUAAUGGCUACACCUAAUCCCACAAACCUCCACCCUGCACUUGGAGCACAUUUCAUUGCACGAGAUCCAUAUGACCUAACAGGAGCUGCACUUAUCCCAGCCUCACCAGAAGCCUGGUCUCCCUAUCCACUGUACACUACUGAGUUGGCACCAGCAAUUCCACAUGCUGCUUUUACAUACCCAGCAGCAGCUGCAGCUGCAGCAGCACUUCAUGCACAGAUGCGUUGGUAUCCUCCAUCUGAAGCCGCCCAACAAGGAUGGAAGUCCCGCCAGUUCUGUUAAAAGCUCUUUGGUUUUCCUUUAUGAAAUGUGCCAGAAAUGAACAAGUGUUUGUAAAACUAAACCUACUUCUCCAGAUGCCUCUGAAUGUUUGACCAAGCCUUCGUAAUGUGGAAGUGCAAUGCCAAUCCUUUCAGUUACUUCAGAUGAAUUAUUUGCCAAUCUUUCUGUGGAACACAAGCCUCUGGUUAACUUCAUCAAGAAGUCCAAAUGGAGUAACCUGAUGUGACUCAUGAAACAAUUACAUGGUCCUGCUUUUGCCAGACCAUGUUCUACAUUUCUGUAAUGCUAUGGAUCUUCCUUCAUCGCAUGUUGACUUUCUGGCAUGAAUUAGCUAUUUAAGUGUGUGUGCUUGUUAAAUCUAUUGCUUGUUUACCAAUUUCAGCUGGUCUGCAUUGAGACCCUGAAUCUCUAGUCAUGCAGCGAUUAACUUGGCUUAAUGUACUGCUCAGUCUACCACCUCAAAUUCAAACAAAUGCAGUUAACAGUCCAUACUGAAUGCUACUUUCAAUCUUCGGUUUCCAUGUUUUUGUUUUUUCUUUUCAUAGGAGUCUGUCCUUGCCAAAUAAUGCAAACCUAUGGGGAAACAGAACAAGAGUACCAGUAUUUUUGUAACUUGUUUAAUAAGGAGAUAUUUAUGCAUCAUGUGUUUGUGUGAUUAAUAAUUAAAGAAUAUAUUCUGUCCUAAGUUAAUGUUCAGUUAAAGAGCUCAAAUCUGUAUGGUUUGUCUGCUGUACUAUAUGAACAAUUGUGCAAUUUUGUUUUGUUGCAGCCUACUGCUUGGUAUUGAUGUACUUUCAGUAUUAUGAAAGGUUUCCUGCUUGUAUGGAGAAGGAGUUUCUCUAUUGAUGAUCCUAAAAGAAUGAUACUGGAUAAAAUAUAAUGUAUUUAAAGUGUGAAUUCUUUGAAACUAUUGUUUCUGACCAAUUAAAGUAAUUGAAAACUGCUU